AUGGAAAAGCUUGCCUUCACUCAUACCAUAGCGUCAAGGAAACUCCGGUCAUAUUUCCAAGCUCACAUGAUAAGGGUUCUCAUUGAAUACUCACUCAGAAAGGUGCUUCGCAAACUAGACUUAUCCGAAAGAUUGGCCAACUGGGCAAUUGAAAUUAGAGAGUUUGAUAUCGAAUUCCUUCCUCGAAACUCCAUCAAGGGUCAGGCAUUGGCAGACUUUCUGGCAAAAUUUACUAAUUUGCCAGAUGCAGAACAAUGGCUGAGGGACGAAACUUGGGUGGUUUAUGUGGAUGGGUCAUAUACAAGAAGACAUGGUGGAACUGGGGUAAAACUAAUCACCCCAGAAGGAGAAGAGCUGCGCAGCUCCAUAAGGUUAGAGUUUAGAACUACCAACAAUGAGGCCGAGUAUGCGGCCAUAAUAGCUGGACUUGGCCUAGCUCAAGAGAUGGGAGCUGAAUUCAUUGAGCUACGAAGCGAUUCUCAAAAUUCUUUCAAGAAGUUCUGCAUCGUAAAAAUCCCAAGGGAAGAAAACGAGGGAGCAGACCAUCUUGCUCGGAUCGCAUCGAUCGAGGAGUCUGUAGGAGAAUCUGAAGAGAUAAUUCAAACUCUGUCCCGACCUACCAUAGCCGAGGUAGUCUCGGUCUCAACAGAAGAGGCGGUACCAGAUUGGCAAAAGGAAGUGGUGGAACAUCUGGAGAAAGGGAUUCUCCCAGCAGGAAAGAAGUCGGCUAUCCAGCUAAGGAAAAAGGCUACUAGAUUUACCAUGGUAAAUGGAACCUUAUACAAACGAGGUUUUAUGUUAACGCUUCUUAAGUGUGUUUCCAAGGAAGAAGGUAAUUAUAUACUUUGUGAGAUUCACGAAGGCAUUUGUGGGGGUCAUUUAGGUGCAAGAAUGUUCGCACAUAAGGGGGUUCGAGCAGGCUUCUAUUGGCCUAACAUGACCAGGGACUCAGUAGAGAUGGUAGAAGUGGAGGCCCUAGUGAAUAUAACAGCUAAGAGCAUAGAGAAAUUUUUAUGGAAGAAUGUCGUUUGCCGAUAUGGCAUUCCACACGCAUUUGUCACGGACAAUGGAAAGCAACUCGACUGCGAUUCAUUCAAAGAAUGGUGUGCCAAACUCCAUAUAAGAAAUUACUUCUCGUCCCUUGGGCAUCUCCAGGCACACGGGCAAGUUGAAAUCACUAACAAGUCAAUCUUCAAACUUUUGAAGAAGAAACUUGGUGAUCGAAAAAGAGAUUGGGCGGAAGAUCUUAUAGAGGUUCUAUGGGCUUAUCGGACUACAAGAAGAACUCCAACCGAGGAAACUUCCUAUGCUUUAGCCUUUGGAACCGAGGCAAUUAUACCUGCCGAGUAG